UAUUUAUCAGAAAACAUAUAAAUAAUGGUGACUUUAAUGAAAAAUUUAUGUUUGUGUCUAAUAUUAGGCGUAUUAAUCGGUACAUACUGUGCGACCAGUGCCAGUGCCACCAAUAAAACAGUGCAACGAUACACACCUGACUGGAAAUCAUUGGACAGUAGACCAUUGCCGGUCUGGUACGAUGACGUCAAGAUAGGUAUAUUCCUUCACUGGGGUGUCUUCUCUGUGCCAUCGUUUGGCACCGAAUGGUUCUGGCAGCGAUGGAAAGAGGUUAAAAAGAAAGAAUUUGUUGACUUUAUGGCCAGAAACUACAGACCCGACUGGACGUACGCCGACUUUGCCUCACAAUUCACGGCCGAGUUUUACGAUCCGAAACAUUGGGCCGAAGUUUUCAAAGCAUCGGGUGCUAAGUAUGUGGUGCUAACCACCAAACAUCAUGAAGGCUACACUAUGUGGCCGUCGAAAGUGUCGUUUAAUUGGAAUGCUAUGGAUGUCGGACCCAAACGGGAUUUAGUCGGCGAUUUGGCGACCGCUGUCCGCGACGCUGGACUUCACUUCGGUGUUUAUCAUUCACUGUUUGAAUGGUUUAAUCCGCUGUUUUUGGCCGAUAAAGAAAAUAAUUAUACGACAAACGUGUUUACAAAACAUAAAGCCCGGCCUGAACUCGAAGAAUUGGUUAACACAUAUAAACCAGAUCUCAUUUGGUCUGACGGUGACGCCGACGGUACGCCCGAGUACUGGGAGGCACAACAGUUCAUAGCCUGGCUCUACAACGACAGCCCAGUUAAAGACAAGGUUGUUAUCAAUGAUCGUUGGGGAACUGGAACUGCUGGAAAACAUGGAGGGUUUUACAACAAUGCCGAUAGAUUCAACCCAGGUGUUUUACAGAAACACAAAUGGGAAAAUGCUAUGACUAUUGAUAAGAACUCGUGGGGUUACCGACGGAAUGCCAAAUAUGAAGACUACUUAUCCACUCAUGAAUUGUUAACAACUUUGGCCCAAACAAUAAGUUGUGGCGGUAACUUACUAGUAAAUGUCGGUCCAUCGCAUGACGGUCUAAUUAAGCCAAUAUUUGAGGAACGACUACGCGAUUUAGGACACUGGCUGUCUAUUAACGGAGAAGCUGUCUAUAGUAGUAAACCGUGGACUCAUCAAAACGAUACAAAAACACCGGAUGUUUGGUAUACAAUGCAAGAGAAAACUACUGUUUACUCGAUUGUAUUGAAUUGGCCGAAGAAUAAUGAACUGGAAUUGGGUUCAGUCGACCACAAGACCGUCGGAUCAGUGGAACUGUUGGGCGAAAAGGGAAGCCUAACGUUUAAGGUCGGAUCGGACGGACAUACAGUCGUUACUUUUCCGCACAUAACUCCCGAUUCUCCUCUAAAAUGGGCUUAUGUUUUGAAAUUUACAUUAAAAUAAUAUAUUUAACAAAAUAUUUA